ACAACAUUCUGAAUUUGCUUUGCUGUCCUAUUUCUGAAAAUCCGUGUUUUAAAGGAACCAAUAAGGAUGGAAGAGGUUAACGACAAUAACGACGCUAGGCAAGGGAUGCGAAAACAAUUAUCAGAGGACUGGCAACAAGGGAGGUACUUAGUUUCUUGCAUGAAAGAAAUGUAUGACCGGAGUCUCUGGACUGAUGUCAAGUUUCAUUGUAAAGAUCACGAGGAAGAAGAAACAAUUCAAGCGCAUAAAAUUGUCCUAGCUGCACGGAGCCCCGUGUUCCAGGCGAUGUUUUAUGGACCAUGCGCUGAUGGGAAAGACGAGGUUGAACUGAAAGACACAGAAAAAGACAUAUUUCAUUUAUUAUUAAGGUUUAUAUACAGCGACACUGUAACAUUGCGUGAGGAAAAUGCUUUUGCGCUUCUGGAAAUGGCUCACUUUUACCAAGUUUCAAGCCUUGUACAGUUCUGCGCUGACUACUUGGCCACCUUUAUAACACCAGAUAAUGCUUGCGAAACUUUAACAUUUGCAACGUUUUACAAACUUGGAAGUUUAAAAGAUGCAUGUUGUUCUUUUAUUGACAAUCACGCAGAAGAAGUUCUGCAAUCGGAGGGAAUUAUGAAUUUAUCGGACGACUGUCUCCUGUACAUUCUGAAAGGUGAUACUCUCUAUGCCAAAGAGGAAGACAUUCUAGAAGCAGCAGAGAAAUGGUCAAAAAAUAAAGCAAAAGGAAGUGGGAUGGAAGAAAAUGGCACAAAUACUCGUAAAUUGCUCGGUGACUCGUUUUACUACUUGAGAUUACCAACAAUGACUUCCAAGGCGUUGCUAGAAUAUACAAGCAAAAAAGGUUACUUUUCUAUCGAAGAAUAUGCAGAUAUUUCGGCUUUUGCCAACAAAGUCCCUGAUAUAUGCGUUUCCACCAAUUCUUGCGUAGCACGGGUACCUGAGAAAGAAACAGUUCUAGUAAAUCCCCAAGACGGAGAACUGAGGGCUUUGAACGGCAUUAGCAUUUCACUUGAGAUUUCCGUAUCAAGGAAUGUGUUGCUUUUAGGUGUUGUCCUGGGUGUAAUCAAUCCUUACUUGAAAAACAACAAAGAUAUCUACACACAAGAAGGCCUAUCAUCAAAUUUUGUUGGAGAAGUUCGACAUUACCAAAAAUUUGAUCAAAAGCUAGAGUACGAUUCCUACGAAAAUAAGGCAAUCAAAAUUUCGACAGUCGAGAGACCAAGAUUUACAAAUUAUUACUUUACAGAGUUGGAAAAAUUGGAUGCAUUUGCACUUCCAGACAGUUUCCGCCUUGACCUAUCAGGCAGCAUCAGCAUAAACGGCAUUGACAGUAGGCAGACGUUUGAGUUACAACAGUUACAACUUGAAGGCGGAGAAGUAAGUUUUAACCAGCCGAUAUUGCUUGAAAAGAUAAAAUCCCCAUAUAUUGUUAAUUUCAACCUUUGCUAUAGCGGUAAUAGUGACUUACAGAUGAAGGCAAGAUGCUGUAAAAGCGAAGAAAGUAUCUCCAGCGAAACUGGAUGCAUUCAAAUACGUAGUAUACACGGAACUUUUGCAGGAAUCAAAAGGAUCCGCUUUAUGAACUAUUCUAACCGUGAAAAAAAUGACACGGAUCCUAAAGCAUGUGUCUAAGAUUAUAGAGACACCUGGCAGUGUGAGAUAUCUCAAUCAAACGUACUGCCAGUUUACUAAGACACGAUAUAUGCUUUUAAAGAAUCUACAUAUAUCUUUACGCAGUCGGUGGUAUUAACAUUGGUCUUAUAGGAAAAUCGUUGUAAUAUGAACAUAUAAUCGAUCCAUUUCGCCUAUACAUGCUAUUGUACAGUUGGUUUUCACAUAUUGCGCCAGUUUUGAACAUAGAUAUCAGUCUAAACAUUAUGAAAGCAUUCGCAUCUGCACUCAAUUUGAUGUUUUAUUUAGGUUUGUGUCUAACGCUAUAAAAUAGUUCACAAAAAUAAUCAAAGGUUUAUAUCUUUAGGAUUAUAUUCUGAAGAUAACAUAAACCUGUACAAAAUUGGAAAGAUCUUAGAAAUCUGCGGACAGAUAAAACGGAACUCCUAUACCUUAUGACUGCACAAAGAGGUCAAUAAAACUCAAUAGAAAUGUCUUAUUAUUUAUAAUUCUACCAACGUUUGGAGCUAAAUUUCCGUUUGCAUGGACGCUCACCGACACAUUUUGGCGAAAAACAAUUUCUCUCAAAAAUCCCUAAAAAGUAUUGACAAACAAGCAAGAUAUUUUUAUAAACAACCAAACAUGUUGCAACGCUGUUGAAUUUACGUUUUUCUUGCAUUUUUAUCAAUAUCAAAUUUUAAAUUUCACUCACUUUACCAUUUUAAGCAUCAUAUAUGUAUUCUAUGCCAAACUUGGUGGUAGUGAACAUGUCGGAAAAUUUCACCCAAACUGUGGGCGAGUAGCUUUAACCUAUAUCUCUUUGUAGUUGUAAUCUCUAUGAUCAGAUUUUAUCUGUAUC